AUGGGGCCCCUGGGCAAUAGGGGAUCAUGGGGCCCCUGUGUUCUUGCUCAAACUCAAAAAAGCCUAUGAAAAAGUAGCAUCCUUCCUUUGCUAGGAAGCAGGUGGCUUCUCAAUUAAAUUGCCUAGAGUCUUUCUGUUGCUAAGAUGCAGGAAGCUCCUCACCAGGGGCGGACUGACAACUCAUGGGGCCCCCGGGCAAUAGGGGAUCAUGGGGCCCCUGUAUCCUUGCCCAAACUCAAAAAAGCCUAUGAAAAAGGUACCAGAGGCAUCUCAUGGGGCCCCCUACUGACCCCGGGCCCUCAGGCAGUGCCCGUGUUUCCAAAUGGUCAGUCCGCCCCUGCUUCUCACCAAAGC